AAUGAUUCAUUUAACUAGAGGAUUGAAGAAUCAACUCAGACAAGUCACAAUUUAAACAUUUGCAAAUUCUACUAAAGUACCCAAUCCUUUUGCACAUCAUGAUGAUCAUGGAGAUCAUGGAGAUCAUGGUGAUCAUGGAGAUCAUGGUCAUGGACAUGGAGAUCAUGGUCAUGGAGUACCUCAUGGAAGAGGCAGACCCAAGGUUGAAUAUAAUACAAUUACUCAACAUUUGGAUCAUAAGAAUUUAUAUACUUAUUUUGAGUGUAAUCAUUCAUUAUUGAAUCUUAGAGGGUCCUGGUUAUAUGUAUUAUCCAGGUGUCAAUUAUAAUGAAGCUCAUGGUAAGCCCUAUGAUUGGAGAGAUGAUCCAAAAUACAAUCCAGACUAUAUUAUUCCAACUAAACAUGUUGGAUGUCCAGAUCCAAAAACAUACGUAUGGCCAUUCGAAGGAAAACUUGUUCAUUUCAAUCCAUCUGAAGCCUUACCUUAAGAUCAUCUAUACAAUCCAUCACUUCUAUUAAAACCAGAAAACAAAUAAGUGGGACAACCAAUCUAACAUUUGACUGCAGCCUAAUAAGAUUAAGAUGCUGAUGUUAAUCAUGAAUUUGAUUAUGAAUCUGAAGAUUGUGAUUUCUAAACUGAGAGCUUCAGAACAUAGCAUUUCAGAAAAAGAGGACCAAUGUGGCCAUGGGCUUUAAUAGCUACUAUGCCAUUUGUAUAUUUCUGUAAUAUUAUCUUAUCUAUUCUUUUUAGGGGCUGAAUUUCUUUACUAAAGAUAUCCAGAUGAAGAUCAUUGGAGAAUUACUCAUCCACCCCCUCUCAACUUCCCUGAUAGCGAAGUAAUUCUUAUUAUAUUUAUAUCUAGGAUACUGAUGAUACUGAUACUUAUUAAGAUUAUCACACUCCAGGAGGUAGAUUCUUGAGAGAUAUUGGUAUUAUUGGAGAUUUGUGGUUUGACAUUAAGGACGGUAAGAAGGUAAUGAAUAAAUGGUCUGGAUGCAAUCAACCACUUCCAGAUAUUUGAA